AUGCCCAAUCGUCGUUACUCGACUUAUAUAAAUGUUUUAAAUGCUUUAUUAGAAUAUAAACCUGAAAUUAAACCUGAUAAAAUAAUUAUUGAUUUUGAAAGUGCUUUUAUUAAAGCCGUACAUGAUAUAUUUCCAAAUGCAACUGUUAGUGGAUGUAAUUUUCAUUUAAAUCAAUGCUUAUAUCGUAAUGUACAAAAUGAUGGGCUAGCUGUAUUAUAUAAUACUGAUAUUAAUUUCUCAACUGGCAUUCGGAUGUUAGCUGCGUUAGCUUUUGUGCCAUGUGAUGAUGUUGAUUUUGCAUUUGAUAUGCUUUUAAAAUCAAAAUUUUUUGUUGAUAAUUUAGCGGUUUUGAAUACAUUCUUAAGCUAUUUUAAAAACACUUGGUUAGGCGUUGUAAAUGCACGUGGCAAACGUAAAGCAUUAUUUGAAUUGAAAUUAUGGAAUUGUUAUGAGCGUGUUGUUAAUAAUGAUUCACGUACUAAUAAUUCCGUUGAAGGUUGGCAUAGUUCAUUCAAUACAUUAUUUUCAAGUGCUCAUUCAUCUAUGGGUGAAUUUAUAAAUUGUUUAAAAGAUGAGCAAUCUCAAACUGAGAUUUUCUUGGCUCAGAUUGAUGUCCAACGUGAUAUAAGCCCAUAUAAAAAACGUCGCUAUGCCGAAGUUGAUAAUCGUCUUGUAAAAAUUGUAAUGAGCUAUGACAAAAAUAAUAUAAUUCCGUAUUUAAGAGCUGUUGCUUUGAAUAUUAAAAUGUAA